AUGCAGGCUGCACGCUCGCCGCCGCCCCCGCCCCCGGCCUUCGACGACUGGCACGACGACGUGCCGGAAGUUCUGGAGGAAGCCGACUUGGCGAGCGGUCACCGCAGAUACCACCGCGGCGGCGACGUGGGCCCCGCCGAGAAGGCGAGGCCCCGUCCCGUGCCGCUGCGCAGGAGGACCAGCAGCGGCGACAGCCUGCCGGAACGGCAGCGCAGUUUCACCACCGUGUUCGAUGCGGGUCGGCCCGACCCCGGGGACCCGCUGCCCAACGGCCUCCGCGUGCCGAAUCGGCAGGAGGUGGCCAUGCGGCUGGUGGCCGCCGAGGCUGCGGCGAGCCCCAGGCAGCCGACGCUGUUCGACACCCCGGUCCAUUCGGAACCGCCGCAGCCGCAGCGCCCGCCCCCGCUGGUCGACGACGCCCACGGCCAUCGAGGCAGCGCCGACCGGCGGCUUCGCCCUGCCCCCGCCGCGCCCAGCCCACCGGGCAACGCCGCGAUGGCGGCGCGGCACAGGAGGGCCAGCAAGGCGCGUGCGGGCGCCCCCCUGGACGUCGCCGGCUACCACGCGUUGCGCUGCCCCGCCGGGCCACAUUGCAACCGGCUCCACAGUGAGAUCGUGCGGGCCCUCACCAGGUGGAUAUCUUCCCGCGGCGGGCGUGUCGACAUCGAGCGCUGCGCAACCGAAUUGUACCGCUUGCACGGCGGCGGCGUCCUCGAGGAGGCGCGCGUGGACUCGGUCAUCAGCUGGCCGGGCGCCCCGGCACCGGCGUGGGUCGAUGCAGCGGUCCGCUCGGCCGCGGUGUCGGGGCCAGCUGAGCGGCUUGUCGGCCACGAAGCGGCGGACGCGGAGCACCAGAAGCGCAACCGUUGCGGCGCGACGGCCGAGGGGCGCCUGGGCGCCUCGGCGCAGCAGUUCAUCGCGGAGACCGCGGCGGCGGCCCGCGAGCUGGGCGGGCAGCCUACGCGCGGCAGAACUCCUCGCGUGUUUACUUACGUUUGGUAG